AUGGCAUAUAACCCCAGGAGCUUUCGCCUCCCCGAGAGGCACCCCCAACUCAUCGACAUCACCGAUGACUCCGACUCAGAUGUCACCAUCGACAAUGACCCGGAUCAGGUGCUGUUCAUAAGUUGCAACCCAAGACGUCGCGACACCUCAGACGCUGAGACCAUUAUAUCUACUCAGGAGGGGUUCAACGACAGUGACUAUCUCACUGAUGCAGCCUACGAGAGGCUGAUACGGAACUGGCACGGCAAUAGCCCGCAAGCUAUUCCCAUUGAUGAAAGACCCAUAAGACGUGUCCUUGAUGAGGUCUGUCUCGGCGGCAUUGUAUACACUCCCGGACAGUCUUUAGAGCUUCAUAAUGGGACGUUCAUUCGAGUACAGACCAUUCUUCAAGGCGCGGCCGGUGAAGUGUACUUCAACGGACGACGCUUGCUUAGAACUGAACAACAUCUAGGGACCUAUGUGCCCAAAUGGCCCAUGGAACUGGUCUGGAUCGUGAACGAAACCGGUGACAUUCCAUUUGAGUUUGUCAGGCGAUUUGUGAAGAUAAUCUUCACCAACUAUUGCCAUACUGAUAAAGAUAAUCAGAAGCACCGCCGUCCACAUGACUUGUUUUGCCGUCUAAAGGAACACGUUAGCUUCCAUUCUAAAGACACAGCUACCCUGGAAUAUGUAUCGUUCAACGAAGCUGAUGAAGGCUUUCGCCAUCACCCAAUGGUUUUACGUCAGGCGUGGAGGGGCGAUACUCGUCCAUUUGGAGCGGCCGAUUCCCCUCCCAUUAUCACCCUCGAUGAUCUGACUGACGAGAAUGUUAUUCGACGCCAGUACACAUUUGGGGAUGGAUUCUGUGGCGCAGGAGGAGUCUCGUGCGGCGCUCGCUCUGCUGGACUGCAACCUAAAUGGGCAUUUGAUAACUCACCGCACGCCGUAGCGACUUAUCGUCUUAAUUUUGACAACACCGAGUGCGAGGGUUCCGAUGUAUUUAACUUUCUUACCAACAACCACGACUUCCUCAAAGUCGAUGUUACUCAUGGGUCGCCCCCAUGUCAAACCUUUUCGCCGGCCAAGACGAUUGAGUCGGCCAACGACGAUGCGAACUCCGCAUGCAUUUUCUCAUGCUCGGAUAUGAUAAGAAAGGCUAGGCCCCGGGUUCAUACCAUGGAGGAGACCAGUGGUCUCUUUGAACGCCACAAGGACACGUUUCAUCGCGUUGUCCAAGACUUCAUCGAGAUCGGUUAUUCUGUUCGAUGGACCCUCUUGAAUUCUGCAGAUUUUGGGGUACCCCAGCUCCGAAAAAGACUGGUGAUCAUCGCCGCUGGUCCCGGGGAGAGGUUGCCUCCGUUUCCUAACCCGACUCAUGGGCACCCUUGUUCUGGUCUUAUCGACUAUACCACCAUUGGUCAGACCAUAUCCCGGAUCCCAGCGGGAGCGCAAGAUCAUGAUGUCGAAGGUGCUUUGGACAGGAACGCUCGCCGCAGAGCCCCGUUCGAUGCUAAUCAACAGGCCCGCACAAUUACCUGCGGGGGUGGAGAAAAAAACUACCACCCCUCUGGCGAGCGCGGCUUCACCAACCGUGAGUUUGCAUGCCUGCAGACAUUUCCUAUGAGAUACCGUUUCGGGGCCCGGCAGGUCCGCAGGCAGAUUGGUAAUGCAGUCCCUCCCAAGCUGGCAGAAGCCCUUUAUCGGGCGAUCCAGGAGUCACUACGACAGACUGAUGAGGAAGAGGUGAGAGCAGCCAUGUUCCAGUGA